UCGCGGGCCGGCGCUGCAGCCAUGUCGCGGGCGCCGGAGGAGGUGAACCGCCUCACGGAGAGCACCUACCGGAAUGUUAUGGAACAAUUCAAUCCUGGUCUCCGAAAUUUAAUAAACCUAGGAAAAAAUUAUGAAAAAGCUGUUAAUGCUAUGAUCUUGGCAGGAAGAGCCUACUAUGAUGGAGUGGCCAAGAUUGGUGAGAUGGCCAACGGGUCCCUCGUGUCAACAGAACUGGGUCGUGUUCUUAUAGAGAUUUCCAGUACCCACAAGAAACUCAAUGAGAGUCUUGAUGAAAAUUUCAAACUAUUUCAUAAAGAGAUUAUACAGGAGCUGGAGAAGAAGACAGAACUUGAUGUAAAAUACAUGAAUGUAACCCUCAAAAAAUACCAAACAGAACACCGGAGUAAAUUAGAUUCUUUGGAGAAGUGUCAAGCUGAGCUGAAGAAGAUCAGAAGGAAAAGUCAAGGAGCACGAAAUGCACUCAAAUAUGAACACAAGGAAAUCGAGUAUGUAGAAACCGUUACUUCUCGGCAGAGUGAAAUCCAGAAAUUUAUUGCCGAAGGUUGCAGAGAAGCUCUGCUCGAAGAGAAAAGGCGUUUUUGCUUUCUGGUUGACAAGCACUGUAGUUUUGCAAAUCACAUACAUAAUUAUCAUUCACAGUCUGCAGAAUUACUUAAUUCCAAACUACCUAGGUGGCAGGAAACAUGUGUUGAUGCCACCAAAGUACCAGAGAAAAUCAUGAAUAUGAUUGAAGAAAUAAAGACCCCAAUCUCUACCCCAAUAUCUGGAACACCUCAACCCUCACCAAUGAUUGAAAGAUGCAACAUGGUUGGGAAGGAUUAUGACACGCUUUCCAAGUACUCCCCAAAAGUGCCCCCCGCGCCUUCAGCCAAAGCAUAUACCAGCCCUUUGGUUAAUAUGUUUAAUAAUCCAGCAAUGGUGGCACAGAAUUCAGAAAAGAUAAAUAAUUCAGAUUCUUCAGGUGAUCCCAGUUUACAGCGAUCAGUUUCUGUUGCAACUGGACUGAACAUGAUGAAAAAGCAGAAAGUAAAAACUAUUUUCCCACACACUGCUGGCACUAACCACACCUUGCUCAGCUUCGCAGAGGGAGAUGUCAUCACACUGCUCAUCUUUGAGGAGAAGGACGGCUGGUUGUAUGGAGAGCAUGAUGACACUAAAGUAAGGGGUUGGUUCCCAUCAUCAUAUACAAAGUUGCUGGAAGAAAAUGCAAAGGAGAUUGUGAGUGUGCCCAAGCCAAGCCCUGCGCCUGUGAGAAGCAUCAGCACAGUGGACUUAUCUGAGAAGAGCAGUGUUGUCAUCCCCCCACCAGAUUACUUGGAGUGUUUGUCCUCAGAAGCAGCUGCAGAUAAAAGAGUAGAUGUUUCCAAAAGUACUUCUACCUUUAAACCUCCGGCAUCCAAACCAGAAACCACAUCUCCUAAUGAAGCAAAUGGGGUCGCAAAGCCUCCUUUCCUCAGUGGAGAAAACCCCUUCGCUACUGUGAAACUCCGGCCAACGGUGACAAACGAUCGAUCGGCACCGAUCAUUCGAUGAGGCGGCGGCGGUGGAAUUCUUCUGGCUCCUCUAAUGUUAAGUUCUCACUUGCAAAAUGAUAGGUAUAUAUUGUUAUGUGCUCUAACUGCUGUAAAGCUUCACCAGCGGGUGCCUGAUUUUAAAUGUAUUCUAUUUGAGCAAAUCAAUGCAUUUUCUCAAUUCGAUGUAGCUGGAUAUAUGCAUUUGUCUGGAAAAAGAUAGUUUAGAAUCUACUCAAUCAUUUAAAAUCUUUUCUUCCCAGGCUGUUCAAAAAACAGUAAAUUUUGCUCCAGUCCUCGCUGUAUCAUUUUUUUAAAUAUUCUGAUUAUUUUUUUUAAUAGCCAGGAUAAGGGCUAGCCCAUGCUUUCAGGCUGGCUUUCUGCACCUGGCCAGUUUUCCAAAGCAUGUGCUCAUAAGUAGCAUUAUGUUUCUCUAAAGAAAAUAGUGUAAAUUUGCAUCUGAGCAUGCAGGUCAUAAUUUUAAGCAAUAUAAAUUAUAAGAGUAUUGUAUGAAAUUUAACUUAAAAUUUUUUAAAUCCGUUUAAUCAGAUGUAGAGCUACCCCAGAUGGGAAAAAUCGCAACUUUUCUGCAACCUAGACAUAGCUGUAGAGUGGUAAGACAUUUUGCCUAUUCCUGUUACCACCAUGAAAUUUAGUACUUGAAUAAUUCCUGAGAGCUACUGAACGUGGCAGUUAUGAGUUACCAAAUAGGCUGAGAAGAUCCCGGGACAUGCCCACGUGGGCGGGCUCACAGGGCCGCCCCCUUGGACCCGAGGCACUCACGUGUGGAAGCCCGAGGUGUUCUCGGUAAGCUAGCUGACCAAAACUGCCUCCAUCACGAAUUGACUCGAAACUUCUCGGGAUCCAAAUUUGCCCUUCUGAGGCAGAUCCUGAGCUGCAAGCAGCACUUACGAAGCCAGCGGGACUCUGUGGGCUGGGUCCAGUCUGCAUUCCAGCUGAGACCGAGCAUCACACACUUGGGAGUCCGGCUUCUGUGGAGGGAACCAGCGCCUGGCUGGAUCUGUCUCUGGCGAUCAGGGACUAGAUCCUAUUCUGGAGGCGUGGAGAUGGUAAAUAAAAUUCACAGCCAGGCCCCUCACUGUGUGGGCAGGAGCAGGUUCUUUGUUCUAGCUUCUUUAUGCUAUGAGUUUGAACUUGGUCCAGGUCAAAUGCAGGUAAAUCAGGGUGAGGACUUAUUCCCCUCCAGGACACUCCAGAGAUUGAUCCAGUCAGAAUAGAAAACAGACUAAGUGGUGCACUGGUCUCCUCACCGUCUAAGAGCAGGUGACCAGAUGCGCAAUGGGAAGGAGUGCAGGGCAGGGUUUAGAAGUGUGUUCAUGAGGGCAACUGGGUGGGGCCCCUAGAGCCUGCUCUUCGGGUCUUCUGGCUCUGCUGCAGGAAUCUAAGAGUAGUUCUCAGGAGUCAAUGCAAUUUGCAAGCCCACUGGCUCACCCCGCCUGUGUCGGGGGGUCACAGAAUGGAACUACAGGGGUCACCUACCUGCCUGACACAGGCUGGGAGGGCCUGCCUUAGGCCAAAGCGCCUGCUCUGUGAAUGUCAAGGUGUUAUGUUUCAUUCUAAUAAUAAACGGACUUGAAAACAAGCACAUGUUCUUGAGCUGGAAAUGCCCAUCGAGGAAUCCCACACGAUCCAGAUGGGCGAUGGCAAGUCAUCCUCUCCCCUAGGUGACAGUGAAUGAGCAGAACCAGAUAAACAGUGGUAUGAAUCUCAUUUAUUUAAAACAGUAUUUCUCACCUUUCUCAAAUUGCAGACUGCAAAAAAUAAAAGCAGCGCUUUACUGAGUGGUGUCACUAACCCCAGGAGCAGUGCUGCCUGUCCACACUCCGUGCCCCCUGUGCCCCCAAACCUCGGCUCACACAGGCCGACUAUCCACUUUACAAAACAGUCCUGAAGCUUAAUCAAAUAAAGCUAUUGUACACGACAUUUACAUUAGAAAAAGAUAGCUGGACGUAGGAAAGCCAGGUGUAUUGUUCCCUUUAAGUAAAGUUUGCACCACAGUUGGGGCAUCUUCGCUUCCUCAAGGCAAAACAGCAGAUGAACCCAAAGGGGAACAAGAUGAUGGCCAAGAAGAUGCCCAGGAAGGUGAAGGAGUCCUCCAAAACGCCGACUCUGUGAGGAGAGAGGAGGAGGCAGUAGGUUAGGGCC